AUGAGGUUUACCGCUUCGAUCACGAAGUACUUGGCCGUCGUUGCGUUAUCUAUACGCAUUGCGCAGUCCCUGCCGUAUCUCCCAGAGGAAGUGGAGUGGAAUCUUAAUCAAAAUCAGACAGCAACACAUCCCCUCGACUACUCAGGUCGAUGGGAUGAUCAUACAUACAACCCGUCGCCAGAAAACUGGCGGUUUCCCUUCUAUACGAUCUUCCUCGACAAGUUUGUGAACGGUGAUCCAAGUAACGAUAAUGCGAAUGGAACACAGUGGGAACAAAUCUUAACUUCGAACGAGUUCCGUCAUGGCGGCGACGUCUUGGGGCUGGUUGAUGCCUUUGAUUAUCUCCAGGGAAUGGGGAUCAAGGGUAUCUUCCUCGCUGGAACUCCCUAUAUCAACUUCCCUUGGGCUGCAGACGGAUACUCCCCGCUGGACUUGACUCUGCUGGAUCAUCACUUCGGCACGAUCGAGAACUGGCGAACAAUGAUAUCCGAGGCGCAUCGACGAGGACUGUAUGUCCUGUUCGAUAAUACCUUCGCAACCAUGGGCGAUCUUAUCGGGUUUCAAGGCUUCUUGAACAGAUCCGCGCCGAUCAACGCCAACGAGUACGACUAUGUCUGGAAGUAUGAUCGUCGAUACUGGGACUUCCAGCCCGGUAAUGAGAUCGAAGAGGAAUGUCCUUGGGAAUAUCCUCGGUUCUGGGAUGACGACGGGACCGGUCUGACCACCACUACUCUGGGCAAGUCUUGUCGCAACAGUGAAUUCGAUCAGUUUGGAGAAGUUGCCGCCUUUGGAAAUUACAGCGAGUGGGAAGGGCAGAUAUCGAAAUUCGCAUUCGUCCAAGAUCGUCUUCGUGGAUGGCGGCCAGAUGUGUUGGCCAAGAUCAAACACUUCUCCUGUCUUACAAUCACCAUGCUUGACAUCGACGGAUACCGUGUCGAUAAGGCUCUGCAAGUGACCCUCGACUCUCUCGGCGAAUGGUCUGAGUAUAUGCGAGACUGCGCCAAGGACGUGGGAAAGGAUAACUUCUUCCUUCCCGGCGAGAUUGUCGCAGGAAACUCAUUCGGCGCGCUGUAUAUCGGUCGCGGUCAGCAGACCAACCAAACAAAGUCCAACCUGACCGAAGCGUUCAUGGCGACGAACAAGACAGACAAGGGAGAUGAAGACAUGUUCUUGAGACCUGCGGAGAGAUCUGCGUUGGAUGGCGCUACCUUCCACUACACGUUGUACCGCGGUCUGAGUCGCUUCCUAGGUCUUGAUGGUAUCUACACGGCCGAAGGCGACCCGCCAGUCAACUUCGUGCAGACCUGGAACGACCUUGUGGCGACCAACGACAUGAUCAACACAAACACAGGCAAAUUCGAUCCCCGUCACCAGUUUGGUGUCACGAAUCAAGAUGUCUUCAGGUGGCCAGGCAUCAAGGACGGCACCCGCAAGCAGAAUCUGGGCCAGUUCGUCGCUAUAUUGAUUAUGCCUGGUAUCCCCAUCCUCUCCUGGGGUGAAGAACAGGAGUUCUACGUCCUCGACAACCAGGCUGACAACUAUGUCUUCGGUCGCGGCCCCAUGUCAUCAGCCCAGGCAUGGCAGAUGCACGGGUGCUACAAGCUGGGAUCCUCGAAGUAUGUUGAUUUCCCGCUCGAGCGCUCUCUCACGGGGUGUGAAGAUGAUUCAGUCAGUCUUGACCACCGUGAUCCAUCUCACCCCAUGCGAGGUCUUUACAAGAUGAUGUUCGAGAUGCGCGAGAACUAUCCUGUCUUGAAUGAUGGCUGGUACUUGCAACAAUUGUCAAACCACACCUUCGAUGUCUACCUACCAGGCAGUAAUGGGACACCAACCGAGACAGGCAUGUGGAGCGUUAUGAGAUCGCGCUUCGUGGGUGCACAGAACUUCGAUGGCCAAGGCCAGGGAAACCAGAGCGUCUGGCUGGUAUACUCAAAUGAUAAUCAAACAGUCGAACACGAGUUCAACUGCAGCAGUAGAGACGCUCUGGUCUCACCAUUCCCUGCGGGAACAACGGUCAAAAACCUUUUCCCACCGUUCGAGGAAAUGACCCUGACCAACACGACCAUGAAGCUUGGAUUCGAAGGAUCUGACGCUUUCAACGGGUGUCAUCCCAACCUCACCAUGCCGGCCUGGGGAUUCAAAGCGUUUGUCCCGAAGAAGAAAUUCGUGCAGCCAUCCCCUUUCAUAACGCGAUUUACCCCCGGGCAUGAUGCUCGCUUUGUACCAGAGGGAACAAAAGGGGAAACGAUUCGGAUUGGAUUUGAAUUCUCCCAGGAGAUGGACUGCGGAAACAUCACCAAGUCGCUGACGAUCACGUCCAAAUCCCUCGGCGAUGAGAAGCCGGAGCUUGACAUGAGUUCGGUAUCCUGUGAACCCAUCGAUGAGAGUAAUGUUGUGACCUGGUCGGGGGCACUCACCAGCGUGUUCAAAUAUGAGGUCGACCUGGGGAAUGUCUUCCCGGGUGUUCACAGAGUCACAGUCAACAACGUGACAACGGCAGAUGGGAAUCAAUCUACCGGAUCUGUCGAUCACUUCCUUUUCCGUGUCGGACAGACCAACAACCCGAUGGUCUGGCCACAAUUGUCCAACUACAGCAGAACCCUCUUGUUCGACAACCCGUCGUCCGAGACUGAAGUCUUAUCAGUUACGCCACAGGCUCCUGGUGCAGAUCUCUGGCGAUACUCACUGGACUUCGGACACACAUUCAGUCCCUGGUUGACAUACACCGGCUUCAACACAUCGAUCCCAGGCAAGAACUGGACUGGCACUUCCAAGCAGGCCUGGGAUGGAGAACACAUCAUCGCCCAAUACUGGAGCAAGUUGACCGGGAGCAGUGCUCACUGGCAGCAUGGAGAUACGCAGUGGGCAUACAAGCCCCCACGUCGCUUCCCUAAUCUUUUCAUCCAGGGCGAGUUCAACCAAUUCGGAUAUGAUGCCGGGUAUGCCAACAAAAUGACCUUGAGUAACACCACUGGUCUGUGGGAAAUCCAUUUCAUGGGCGAGUGGCCUGUGCAGGUUUCUUUCAAUGCUUGGGGACUGAAUGAGAACGGUCUUCCUGAUCAGACACAGGUGUUUGGUGAUAUUGAUGGAGACAACGUUCUGGAUCAAGUCCCUCCAGUCACGCUGCUGAGCAAUGUGUUCAACGUCACUAUUCCACCACCUUCACCCUAUCUUUCCUUCAAGUUGUCGGUGGGUGACGGCAACCUCAAAGUCUUUGCGACACCCACCGGAUCCAGGUGGGUCCAGCUGGCCAUCUUCAUCAUUCUCGCUGUCAUUCCCGUCACCACCGCCGUCAGUGCGGUGUACAUUUACCUGAAGGCAUUUGCUCAGGUCAAAUUCAACCAAAUCGGUGUCAUCGAGAGAAAGUCAGCCUUCGCCCCGUUGGUUGGCGUAUUUCACAAAGUGGCUCAUCGAUCAAAUGAAUCCACUACCGGACUUGCUCUGAGCAAUAUCGGCCCGUUCCCAUCUGAGGCUGCCGCCGUCGGCGGUGUUAUCGGCGCCACUGUCAUUACCCAGCGUCGAACGGUGCUUAUCGCCACGAUGGAAUACGACAUUGAAGACUGGGGCAUCAAGAUCAAAAUCGGUGGUCUUGGUGUAAUGGCCCAGCUACUGGGGAAGCAUCUGACCCAGCAGGAUCUCAUCUGGGUGGUUCCUUGCGUCGGAGGCGUUGACUACCCCAGGGAUGAGCCCGGUGAGCCGAUGGUGAUUACCGUCCUCGAUAACAACUACCAAGUGGAUGUCCAGUAUCAUCGGCUGAACAACAUCACCUACGUCUUGUUGGAUGCGCCUGUGUUCCGAGCUCAGUCCAAAUCAGAGCCGUACCCUGCACGCAUGGAUGAUCUGGAUUCGGCUAUAUUCUAUUCCAGUUGGAAUCAGUGUAUUGCCGAAGCUAUCAGGAGAUUCCCGGCCAUCGAUAUCUAUCACAUCAAUGAUUACCACGGUGCCGCUGCUCCUCUCUACCUUCUACCUCGCACGAUCCCUUGCUGCCUGUCUUUGCACAAUGCAGAAUUCCAGGGACUCUGGCCGAUGAAGACCCCACAGCAGAACCAAGAGGUUUGUAGAGUCUUCAACCUUGAUUAUGCACUGGUCAAAAAGUAUGUCCAGUUCGGUGAAGUCUUUAACCUUCUCCAUGGAGCUGCCAACUACCUGAAAAUCCACCAGAAUGGAUUCGGCGCGGUCGGCGUCUCCAAGAAGUAUGGCAAGCGGUCGUACGCCAGAUACCCUAUCUUCUGGGGUCUGAAGAACAUCGAAGCACUGCCAAACCCCGAUCCGUCCGAUGUUGCUGAUUGGGAUCACAACACAAGCACCAAUCUCGAGGACGUUGUGAUCGAUAUGGAGUUCGAAGAGGGUCGUGCCGCGCUCAAGCAACAAGCGCAAGAAUGGGCAGGGCUCAAGGUUGACGCCCAGGCCCAGUUGUUUGUGUUUGUCGGCCGUUGGUCGAUGCAAAAGGGCGUGGAUCUAAUUGCAGACAUAUUCCCUUCUAUUCUGGACGCGCACCCCAAGGUCCAGUUGAUGUGUAUUGGACCAGUCAUUGAUCUCCAUGGAAGAUUCGCCGCGCUGAAACUGAAACGACUGAUGGAGCUCUAUCCUGGAAGGGUGUAUUCCAAGCCAGAGUUCACUGCACUGCCUCCAUUCAUUUUCACCGGCGCUGAAUUCGCCCUGAUUCCUUCGCGUGAUGAGCCAUUCGGUCUGGUGGCGGUCGAAUUUGGACGGAAAGGUGCAUUGGGUGUGGGAUCACGUGUCGGUGGCCUUGGCCAGAUGCCAGGAUGGUGGUAUACAAUUGAGUCUAUGACAACCCGGCACCUUCUCCAACAAUUCAAGUCAGCCAUCAACGACGCUCUGAAAUCGUCUCAAGACACACGAGCGCUCAUGCGUGCAAGAUCCAGCAAACAGCGCUUCCCGGUGGCACAGUGGGUUGAGGAUCUGGAGAUCCUACAAACCACCUCAAUCGAAAAGCACGCCAAGUACUCCAAACGAUCCGAUCGGAGCUCAUGGAGAAUCUCCCACGCCAGCACCCUUGUCCCUGAACGGUCUCGAAACAUCUCAUCAAGCCCGAACGACAGCCGCGAGCAGAGCCGAUCGCGAGGCUCCACUGUAUCUGUCCCGAGCGGAUCGAUCACGCCCGAUCAGAGACCUGUACCUCGACCUGGCCUUGGCUACGUUCUCACGCCGACGCAUUUGUCUUCCAGUUUUAAUGUCUCCGACGAGCCUGACUCCGACACUGAACAUAGAGCGAGACCCUUGUCAUCUGGCGCUGUUGCAGAUUCAAGAAUCGUUUAUUCUUCGGUGAAUGAUGCAGAAGCCCUUGAUCCCAAUUCCGCAUUCAUGCAAGAAAACCGCAGUGCGUUCCCCUCGCCACUAGGAACUCCUAAUGUGUACUUCUCCCGGUCGGGCGCCAGCACGCCCGUUCAGGGUGCAUCGCCAGAAGACGGAUUGUUGGGCCGAAGAGACGCAAGGGCAUCCAUGAUGACUCUGGUCAGCGUCGAUGGCAUCGUCAAGGAGAAACAGGACUACAACCUUCAACAAGUUGAUCCAUUCUUCACAGACGUGAACAACGAGUACGCAGACAAAUUCGAGAAGAAGCUUGCGGAUCUGAGUGGCAAGAACUCCGAAGACCAGCUUUGCAUCGAGGAGUAUCUCGAGAAGAGUCAGAAGGACUGGUUCAAUCGGUACCGCGAUGUCAAAUUGGGUAAGGGGUACUCGCCCUCUCCGGCUUCUUCGGUCUUCCGUCUCAAAGUGCGCGAAACCCCUCGGUUAGAGAGUCCGGUCAUUGCUAGCUCAGAUGUGGACCCGAAUGCUGGGCAGUUCCUCUUGCCGAGUGACUAUACGCCUCCGACGGGUUUGAAACGGUUCAUGCUGAUCAAGUUGGGGGAUUGGCCUGUGUACUCCCUCUUCCUUGCCGCUGGCCAAAUUCUCGCCUUGAACUCGUACCAAAUCACACUCCUCAACGGUGAGAUUGGUGAAACGGCCGAAAAGCUGUACGUUCUGGCAUCCAUCUACCUUGCCUCGUCGAUCGUGUGGUGGAUCGCCUUCCGUCUAGUUCCCUCGGUCUACGUUUUGGCGAUUCCAUUCUUUGUAUACGGGUUUGCCUUCUUGUUUGUUGGUAUUGCUAGUCCUGUCAGCAGCAGCAUCAGCCGAACUUGGCUACAAAACGUAGGAACGGGACUUUAUUCCUUUGCAUCUUCGAGCGGUUCGAUCUAUUUCUCUCUCAAUUUUGGAGAUGAAGGUGGUGCGCCUCUCAAGUCUUGGAUUUACAGAGCCACUCUCAUCCAGGGUACUCAGCAGCUAUUUAUCAGUUUCCUUUGGUAUUGGGGAAGCUGGAUGGCGUCUGUCAACCAAAAAGGAACUCAGCAAUUCAGCCUAGUCAUGACCAAUCCAAGCGCUCUGCUUGGCAUCGGAGUCGGACUUGCUGCGUUCCUGUGGAUUAUCGGCGCCAUGGUCCUGUUUGGCCUUCCUUCAUAUUAUAGACAGGUACCAGGUCAAGUGCCGACAUUCUACCUAUCGCUGUUCCGUCGUCGCAUCAUUCUUUGGUUUUUCUACAUGGUGUUCAUCUCCAACUACUGGCUGUCGGCACCCUACGGACGAAACUGGCUCUAUCUCUGGUCCAGCAAGCAUGCAGAAGUGUGGCAAAUCGUGCUUCUUGUACUGUUGUUCUUCAUCGUCGUCUGGGCGGUAGCUCUCUGGGUCUUCCAUGUCUUUUCCAAGCGACAUGCCUGGUUCAUCCCGAUCUUUGCUAUCGGCCUUGGUGCUCCUCGAUGGGCCCAGAUUCUCUGGGCCACCUCCAACAUAGCCACGUACAUUCCCUGGGCCGGAGGCCCAGUGGCCGGGGCUAUUCUUGGGAGAGCACUAUGGUUGUGGCUGGGUGUUUUGGAUGCCCUUCAAGGAGUUGGUUUUGGGAUGAUCCUCCUUUCCACCAUGACCCGAUUCCAUGUCACCUUCACCCUUCUGGCCGCUCAAGUGGUCGGUUCGGUUGCUACUAUUCUCGCUCGUGCGACCGCACCGAAUAAGCUGGGCCCUGGUGAUGUUUUCCCAGAUUUCUCUGCGGGCAUCAUGGAGGGCUUGCAGAAGGCAGACUUUUGGGUCUGCCUGCUCUUCAUGCUUUCCAUCAAUGUGCUCUGCGUCUUCUUCUAUCGCAAAGAACAGCUUGCGAAACCCUAA